CCUCUACGUGCAACAUUUAUAAUUUCCUACAUUGUGAUUACUGCAGGAUUGAACGCGGUCGGUGUCCAUAAUAUCUCGGAGGCAAGUUCUCGGGCCGCAAAAAUAUCACUACUCAACUUAGUUCCUCUGUUCGUCUGUAGUCAUGAGGGUGGUCCUCACUAUUUUGGUAUAUCUUUGGAUAUAUACCGGAUUCUACACAGAAUUAUCAGCACUGUGGCAUUCCUGGAAGCGUUUACACACGUGGUCCUUCAAGGAGUUAUCUAUAUCAUCCAAUCUCAGCAGGUGGAUCUUCGAGACACAGCAACAGUGUGUGGAGUUACAUCAAUUGCGCUGUUGAUACUAAUAUUUGUGCUGUCCGCUUUCAAGUCACAUUUAUACGAGUUGUUCGCCAAGGUUCACGCCCUCUGCGCAUUGGCCCUUCUCAUUGUCAUCUGGAAACAUGUCGAUGGUAGGAGUCCCAUGGCAAUCCGAUAUCUAUAUGGUAGCGCAUUGGUCUAUGGUGUAACUGUAUUCUUUCAACUGGUUCGGAUACUUUAUCGCAACUUCACUCUCAGUCAGCGAGGAGAGUGUAUCAUCAAAAGUCGAGGCCGCUCCGCGAUCAUACACGUAACACCAGCGCGUCCGUGGAAAGUCCGAGCCGGUCAGAGGAUAAAUAUAUGCGUUCCUGGUGCUAGCCUCCUUUCUAUCUUCCAAAUGCACCCCUUUGUCAUCGCCUGGUGGGAUGAUGAUGACCAGGGACGACAGUCCCUAUCACUUUUAGUCCAACCACGGUCUGGCCUCACCAGAAAGUUUAAUGAACUCCACAUGAUCGGAAAGUAUUUCACCGUGAUCGAUGGUCCGUACGGCCCGGAUAAGUCUGGGGGCCUGGUUAGAGAUCUAGGCGACUACGGUCAUGUUUUUAUGGUAGCUACUGGAAUCGGCAUCGCGGCUCAAAUUCCCUACAUCAAGGAACUCUUGGAAGGGCAUCGCCACGGGUUGGUUAGAACCCAAAAGAUCACUCUCAUCUGGCAAUCAGAUAUGAAUCAAGACUACGAUGGGGCGCAAGACUGGAUCCAGAAGCUCGUAACACAAGACAGUGGAUAUAAACUCCAUGUAUUCCUUUUCGAUACAUCCCGAUCCGCAUCGCCUAAGGACCCUCGAUUUCAUGGCGAACAUAAAUUGAUUAAGGCAUGGGGUGGGGAGGCCAGCUGGGAACAAAAACUGUUGGAAGAAAUGGAUAACCAAGUCGGGACGAUGCUGAUU